CCCCAGCCUCCCCAAAUUCACACUCCUAGCAUUGCGCAGCGGCUCAGCCCUUGGUGAUGGCAACCAGCCUGAUGCCUUGUGCUUUCAUUAGCAGUCAGGAGGGCCUAACAGAUCCAAUGCAAUGUAAAUAGGCAAUACAUAUGCCUGUGAUUGCAGUUGCGCGUCGGAAUCCCACAUGGACAACACCACUGCCCAGCAGAGCCUCAUCGCUAUUCGUGCAGACGAACGAGCCUUCAACUAAAAUCACAACAACUGUAUCCAGACCCACAUCAAUAGCCAGCAGCAAUGUCGCGACUGCGCUUGGCGUCAUCUCGAACUCUGACAUAGAACAUCCACCUGGUCCAGUAGUUGGUGGGGUUAUUGUGGGGUCACUGACCGCCUUCAUACUUCUAACUGUUGUCUGCUGCUUCUGCCGACGAGGUAGCAAGGGAACUUCAAGUCGCUCUUCGUCUCGGAGUCCACCACAAUCUCCUCGACCACGGCCACCUAGGCCUAAUCCAAACCCUCCGCCACCACCACCUCCACCACCACCUCCACCGCCUCCUCCACCGCCUCCUCCACCGCCUCCACCUGUAAACCCACCUGGAAACUUUCCCCCUCCACCUGGAAACCUUCCCCCUCCACCUGUAAACCUUCCUCCUCCACUUGCAAACCUUCCGCCUCCACCACAACAUCCUCUAUACCCAGGACCUUACCAACUGCCUCUGCCUCCACCACAACAUCCUCUAUACCCAGGACCUCACCAACUGCCUCCUCACCCUCCGCCUCCGCCUCCAAACAUCUUUCCUCAGCCAGUCCAUAAUAUCCAGCCCAUUGAUUGUUAGACCAGCAAGGAGGGCACCACGCCAGAGGGGACAUCAGCCUUACGACGACGAGUCAGUAUCAAGCGGUAGAAGACGGCGAAGCUCAAGGCGACAUGACGAUGGGGUGGAAAUUAGGGAACUGAAUAUUUCUGGUCGAUAUCGAAUUGCAGUCCCAGGCGAUUUUGGGGGAAUUACU